CACCAUUCUACGCACGUAGGCCGGUUUACCUUUAACCGGCUCUUACUUGACGCUAUCAACCGCGAAGCGACAUCUCGGGCUUCUGGUGGCCUUCUCGAAUCCAACUUCUCCACACACCACCAUCACCACUACCACCAUCACUACCACCACCACCACACUCCUCGGUUCUUUUAGAACGUAAACAUCGAAGUGCCGGCAUAAUUCGAACGCGAAAGGCGGCGUUCUGAGCGCGCGCAGAUGACUGAGAUGGAGCUUUCACGAUCUGAAUACCCUGCCAUUGUGGCAUCGGUACCAGCUUCUCCGGCUGUUAAAAUCCUUCGCGACAGACUUCACAAGGGACAAACAUUGAAUACCGAGAUCGCAGAAUGGCUACAGGAAAGACGACGAGUCGAAGAUGCUUAUGCGCAGUCCCUCUCCAAACUGGCCAAGAGGCCACUCCCCGGCGACGGGUCGGAUUUGGGAGUCUUCUCGGGGCCAUGGGUGCGCAUCAUCGAGUCUACAGCGGCGUUGGCAGUCACACAUCACCAGUUCUCGCAGAAGCUUGAAGGCGAGGCGGAGCGACCGAUCCGCGACUUUGCGAGCAGGAAUGCGGAGUGGUCGAGCAUGAAGAUUAUGGAGACCAAUCUGAGCGCAGCGGCUAAGGCGAUUGAUGCAGCUGAGGAUCGGGCAGAAAAGCUCAGGAGGCGAGGACAGAAGGCGAAGGCUCAGCAAGUGGCGGAAGCUGCUACAGCGUUAGCCAAUGCAAACGCCGAGUGGGACAGCCAGGCACCAUUUGUAUUCGAGAAGCUACAAGCUGCAGACGAAUCGCGAUGCAACAGUCUGCGCGAUGCUCUAACGCGAUUUCAAACCCUAGAACUAGACCACGCCCAGAGCACUAUGCAGGGUGCCGAGGCUACCUUGACUGCGAUCCUCGAUAUCAACACCAGCGAUGAGAUCAAGGGUUUCGCGAACAAGGCGACGCUCGGACAACACAAAAUCGAGAGAAAACAGAGCCGGACAGCCAGUCACGGCCCAUCAUACCCCGCGACUCCUUCAAUCGUGACUGAUGACUCUAUUAGCGUGCAGUCUUCAGGCUCGGGAGGAGGUGCCUCUGCCUCUGGAAACCAUGGCGGCGGAGGUCUAGGCCUCAAGCGAUUAGGCACAGUGCUCCGAAACCGAUCUAAUCGCAACAGCAUGUUCCACAGAUCUUCCUCCCCCGACAAGCGACCACGGCCGCCUCUACCAACAUCUCCCCAGAGUAGAGGAAACGAUUCCAUCAGGUCGGACGGAAGGUCUCUAGGCGUCCCAGGUUCACCUCUAAGCGAUAGGGAUGUGCCUACAUUUGCCUCGCGGAGCAACGGCAAUGGCGACCAGCGACCGAUAUCUGCAAACGAACUCGCAUCACCGCCCCCUUCCUCGGGCGGCCCGCCAUCUGUAAUGGUGACUACAUCGGAGGAGCCACGUACCGACUCGGAAGGAUUCACAAUACCCCCGCCAGUACAUGAUUUAGGCUCGCCCUUGGAUAUGGAUGGGUCUGGAGAGGAUGCCCAGCCUCAGUUUAAGGUGGAGAUCAAGAAUGAUGUCAUCCGCGAGGAAGAGGAAGAGGCAGAUGCCGCUCUGUCAAAAGUAGCUAAUACUCUACGUGCUCAAAACACUGUGUCCCGAAAGACUCGCGGGCGCCGUGAUGUACGGAAUACCAUGUUCUUCCCCAAUCCCCCGGAACUAACUCCAGAUCUCACCGGAUCACCGCCACUCACACCCAUGCGGAUUACUUCGCGAACGCCUGGGGCUAUGUCUGAAGAGGGUUCCGAUACUCAUUCAAUAAAAUCGUCGAGAUCGGUAAACAGCUUGGCUCAGGCGGCGGCCAUUCGGCACCCCGACUUGACGGAACUUGGUCUGUGUGCCUCUCUCGUCGAGUCGGUCAGCAUGACCUUUGAGGCUGGUCUAGUAACGCAAGCGGUCGUGGCGGGUGAAAUUGCUCUUGCAUACAACCCACCUGCAGGCGGCGAGGAACCAUCAUCCAUCAUUCGCAUGGACAACUUUUCCGUUCUGGAGAAGGUUGCCCCGAACCCUGCAUUCAUCUCCACCAUCCCGGACCGGUCAGGAGAGUACACGGUGAAUAACCAGAACAUCCAUAGGACUUCAGUUGCAUUCCGAUACAGGGUGCACGUAGAUGAAACCAACCUCUCAACCUUCGCCCCCAUCAUCGUCUCCCCCGUAUGGAGACUAGAGGCACACCAGAGCUCCGUAAUCGUCAACUGGAAGCCGAACAUGAACUAUCACCGUCUGAACAGCAGCACCAAGCCGAUCGUCCUGCGAAACGUCAUCUUCAUCGCCGGAAUCGAGGGGGCACAUGCAUCCUCGUGCCAGAGCAAGCCGAUGGGCACUUUCUCGCGGGAGAAGGGUCGAUUGGCCUGGAAACUAGGCGAUUUGACGCUCGAUCCUUCGGGGGAGAACGCUGGAGGCAAGGUGCUCGCGCGGUUCGCCACAGAUGCCCUAGCCCGCGCCAUACCUGUCGAGGUGCGCUGGGAGAUCUCAGCCGAGGACGCAGACACCGUCGGCAGUGGGCUGGCGUUGUCGUUGAUGACGGCGACCAAGCCUGCGGUGGCGGAGGAUGAGGAAGAAGCAGAUCCGUUCGCGGAUGCCGGUGCUGCCGAGGACAAGAGCACCAACGGCGCUGAGCCGGCGGUGACAUGGAGCUCGGUGACCACUGUGCGGAAAAUCGCGAGCGGGAAGUAUGUGGCCAGUUAAGCAGUGGUGUAAUGAAUUGGUCGUUUGUGUUGUGUUGUGUCGUCGCUCUUUGCCUUCCCUUUGUUUACGAGCUAAAAGCUCACCGUUUGCACUCGCAUUUUCCUAUGUUUGUCUUACCGUCUUGUCU